AUGUCCUUGGGCAAAAACGUGAUUUGGGCGGUUGAACUUUCGACAUCAAUGACGAUGGCUAACCUGGCAGCGUUUGGUAUUCCGAAAAAAAAAAAAGACCCGAAGAAUCUCUCUCUCUCUCUCUCUCUAUCUAUCUAUCUCUUCAGUCUCUUCAUAUCUAUCUAUCUAUCUAUCUAUCUAUCUAUGUGUCUCUAUCUCUGUGUGUUUCUAUCUCUCCAUCUAUCUGUCUCAUCUCUAUGCCUCUUCCUCUCCCCUCUCUAUCUAUCUAUCUAUCUAUCUAUCUAUCUAUCUAUCUAUCUAUCUAUCUAUCUAUUCAGUCUCUUCAUAUCUAUCUAUCUAUCUAUCUAUCUAUCUAUCUAUCUCUGUGUGUCUCUAUCUCUGUCGGUCUAUCUAUCUAUCUAUCUAUCUAUCUAUCUAUCUAUCUAUCUAUCUAUAUCCUUUGCCUUUCUUCGUUUUUCCUUUCUUCAUCGUUUUUGCUUUCUUCUUCGUUCUUACUUUCUUGUCUCCAUUUUUGCUUUCUUCUUCGUUUUUGAUUUCUUCUUUGUUUUUGCUUUCUUCUUCAUUUUUGCUUUCUUCCUCUUCGUUUUUGCUUUCUUUUUCGUUUUUGUUUUCUUCUUCUUCGUUUUUGCUUUCUUCUUCUUCUUCGUUUUUGCUUUCUUCCUCUUCGUUCUUACUUUCUUCUUCUUCGUUUUUGCUUUCUUCUUCGUUUUUGCUUUCUUCAUCUUCGUUUUUGCUUUCUUCUUUUUUGCUUUCUUGCUCUUCGUUUUUGCUUUCUUCUUCGUCGCUUUUGCUUUCUUAGUUUUUGCUUUCUUCCUUUUUGCUUUUUUCCUCUUCAUUUUUGCUUUCUUCCUCUUCGUUUUUGCUUUCUUGCUCUUCGUUUUUGCUUUCUUGCUUUUCGUUUUUGCUUUCUUCUUCGUCGUUUUCCUUUCUUUGUUUUUGCUUUCUUCCUCUUCGUUUUUGCUUUCUUCUUCAUUUUUGCUUUCUUGCUCUUCGUUUUUGCUUUCUUUCUUCGUUUUUUUGCUUUCUUCUUCGUUUUUUUCUCUUCGUUUUUGCUUUUUCCUCUUGUUUUUUUCUUUUCAUUUUGCUUUCUUCGUUUUUUGUUUUUGUUUUUUCUUCUGCGUCGUUUUCCUUUUUUGUUUUUCUUUGUUCUGUUUUUGCUUUUUGCUCUUCAUUUUCUUUUUCGUCGUUUUCUUUGUUUUUUGCUUUCUUCCUCUUCGUUUUUGCUUUCUUCUUCCUUUCUUGCUCUUUUUUGCUUUCUUCUUUCGUUUUCCUUUCUUUGUUUUUGCUUUCUUCCUCUUCGUUUUGCUUUCUUCUUCGUUUCAUUUUUGCUUUUUUUUCGUCGUUUUCCUUUCUUUUUUUUUGCUUUCUUCCUCUUUUUUUUUUUCUUCAUUUUGCUUUCUUGCUCUUCGUUUUGCUUUCUUCUUCGUCGUUUUCCUUUCUUUGUUUUGCUUUCUUCCUCUUUUUACUUUCUUCUUUUUUCUUCUUUUUUUUUUUCUUUUCGUCGUUUUCCUUUCUUUUUUUUUUUUCUUCAUUUUGCUUUCUUGCUCUUCGUUUUUGCUUUUCUUUUUCGUUUUUUUUUUUUCUUUUUUGUUUUUUGCUUUCUUCCUCUUCGUUUUUGCUUUCUUCUUCAUUUUUGCUUUCUUGCUCUUCGUUUUUGCUUUCUUCUUCGUCGUUUUCCUUUCUUUGUUUUUGCUUUCUUCCUCUUCGUUUUUGCUUUCUUCUUCAUUUUUGCUUUCUUGCUCUUCAUUUUGCUUUCUUUUUCGUCGUUUUCCUUUCUUUGUUUUUUUUUCUUGCUUUGUUCUUCAUUUUUGCUUUCUUGCUCUUCAUUUUUGCUUUCUUCUUCGUCGUUUUCCUUUCUUUGUUUUUGCUUUCUUCCUCUUCGUUUUUGCUUUCUUCUUCAUUUUCUUUUUUCUUCGUUUUUUUCUUCUUCGUUUUUUUCUUUGUUUUUGCUUUCUUCCUCUUCGUUUUGCUUUCUUCAUUUUUCUUUUUGCUCUUCAUUUUUGCUUUCUUUUUCGUCGUUUUCUUUCUUUGUUUUUUUUCUUCCUCUUCGUUUUUGCUUUCUUCUUUUUUGCUUUUUCUCUUUUUUUUUUUCUUUCGUUUUCCUCUUGUUUUGCUUUCUUCUUCUUUUUUGCUUUCUUCUUCAUUUUUGCUCUUUGCUCUUCGUUUUUUUCUUUUUCGUUUUCUUCUUUGUUUUUUUUCUUCCUUUCGUUUUUGCUUUUUUUCUUCGUUUUUCUUCGUUUUUACUUUUCUUCUUUCUUCUUUUGUUUUUCUUUCUUCUUCGUUUUUUUUCUUUCUUCGUCUUCUUUUUUUUUUCGUUUUUUCUUUCUUCUUCUUCCUUUCUUAGUUUUUGCUUUUUCUUUUUUCUUUUUUUGCUUUCUUCCUCUUCGUUUUUUUUUCUUUUUUUUCGUCGUUUUUCCUUUCUUUUUUUGCUUUCUUCCUCUUACUUUCUUCGUCUUCUUUUUUUUUUUGCUUUCUUCUUUUUUUGCUUUUCUUCUUCGUUUUUUCUUGCUCUUCGUUUUUUGCUUUCUUCAUCUUCGUUUUUUUCUUUCUUUUUCGUCGUUUUCCUUUUUGCUCUUUGUUUUUUUUCUUCUCUUCGUUUUUCCUUUCUUUUUUUUUCUUUUUUGCGUUUUCUUUUUCGUUUUUCUUUCUUCUUCGUUUUCGUUUUUGCUUUUCUUUUUUGCUUUUUCCUCUUCGUUUUUGCUUUCUUUUCGUCAUUUUUCUUUUUUCUUUUUUGCUUUUUCUUGUUUCUUUCUUUUUUUAUUUUUUUCUUUCGUUUUUUUCUUCUUUUUUUGUUUUUCUUCGUUUUGCUUUUCUUUCUUUUUUUGCUUUCUUUUUUUCCUUUCUUUUUUUUUUUUCUUCUUCAUUUUUGCUUUCUUCUUCUUUUUUUUUUGCUUUUUUCCUUUCUUUCUUUGUUUUUUUUCUUUCUUUUUUUGUUUUUUUUUCUUCAUUUUCUUUCUUAUUUUUUCGUUUUGCUUUUUUCUUCGUUGCUUUCUUCCUCUUCGUCUUUCUUCUUCAUUUUUGCUUUUUGCUCUUCAUUUUUGCUUUUUUUCGUUUUCUUUUUUUGUUUUUGCUUUCUUCCUUUGUUUUGCUUUCUUCUUCAUUUUUUUUCUUUCAUUUUGCUUUAUUUUCGUCGUUUUCCUUUCUUUGUUUUGCUUUCUUCCUCUUCGUUUUGCUUUCUUCUUCAUUUUGCUUUCCUCUUCGUUUUUGCUUUCUUCUUUCUUUUUCCUUUCUUUGUUUUUCUUUUCUCUUCGUUUUUUUUUCUUCAUUUUGCUUUCUUUUCUUCAUUUUCCCUUUCUUUUGUUUUCGUUUUGUUUUUCUUUGUUUUUGCUUUCUUCUUCAUUUUUGCUUUCUUGCUCUUCGUUUUGCUUUCUUCUUCGUCGUUUUCCUUUCUUUGUUUUUUUCUUUUUUCUUCUUCAUUUCUCUUUUUUUUUCUUUUCGUCGUUUUCUUUUUUUGCUUUCUUUUUCUUUUCGUCGUUUUGCUUUCUUCUUCUUUGUUUUUUGCUUUCUUUCUUCGUUUUUUCCUUUCUUUGUUUCUUUUUCCUUUUUGCUUUUCGUUUUCUUCUUUUUUUGCUUUCCCUCUUCAUUUCGUUUUCAUUUUUCUUUCUUUUUUUGUUUUUUUGCUUUCUUCUUCGUCGUUUUCCUUUCUUCAUUUUGCUUUCUUUUGCUCUUCGUUUUCUUUUUUUGUUUUCUUUUCUUGACUUCGUUUUUGCUUUCUUCUUCAUUGCUCUUCUUUUUUUUUUUCUUUUCUUUCAUUUUUGCUUUUCUUUCUUCGUUUUUUUCUUUUUUUUUGCUUUCUUUCUUCGUUUUGUUUUUCUUCUUCCUUUCUUUGUUUUGCUUUCUUCCUCUUCAUUUUUUUUGCUUCUUCAUUUUGCUUUCUUGCUCUUCGUUUUGCUUUCUUCUUUGUUUUCCUUUUUGUUUUUGUUUUUUGCUUUUUCUUCCUCUUCGUUUUUGCUUUCUUCUUCGUUUUUCCUUUCUUUUUUUGCUUUCUUCCUCUUCGUUUUUUGCUUUCUUCUUCGUUUUUGCUUUUUCUCUUCGUUUUUUUGCUUUCUUUUCGUCGUUUUCCUUUCUUUGUUUUUGCUUUCUUCCUCUUCGUUUUGCUUUCUUUUUUGCUUUCUUGCUCUUCAUUUUUUUUUUCUUCUUUCUUCGUUUUCUUUCUUUUUGUUUUGCUUUUUCUUCAUUUUUGCUUUCUUACUUCUUUGUUUUUUUCUUUUCGUCGUUUUCCUUUCUUUGUUUUUGCUUUCUUUUUGCUUUCUUCUUCAUUUUUGCUUUUGCUCUUCGUUUUCUUUCUUCUUCGUUUUUCCUUUCUUUUUUUUUUUUUUUUCAUUUUUCUUUUGUUUUGCUUUCUUUCGUUUUCCUUUUUUCUUUCUCUUCGUUUUCCUUUUUUUCUUCAUUUUUGCUUUCUUUCAUUUUUGCUUUCUUCUUCGUCGUUUUUUUUUCCUUUUUUGUUUUUACUUUCUUCCUCUUCGUUUUUACUUUCUUCUUUGUUUUUUUCCUUUCUUUUUUUCUUCUUCGUCGUUUUUUCGUUUUUGCUUUCUUCUUCAUUUUUUCUUUCUUGCUCUUCAUUUUUGCUUUUUCUUCUUCGUUUUCCUUUCUUUUUUUUGCUUUUUAUUUUUGCUUUUUUUUUUGCUUUCUUCCUUUCGUUUUUUUUUCUUCUUUCGUUUUUCAUUUUUUUUGCUUUCUUCCUCUUCGUUUUUGCUUUCUUCUUCAUUUUUCUCUUUUUUGCUUUCUUCUUUUUUUUUUCUUUUUUUUGCUUUCUUCAUUUUCGUUUUUCUUUCUUCUUCAUUUUGCUUUCUUCCUCUUUCUUUUUUUGUUUUCUUUCUUUUUUGCUUUCUUUUUUCUUCUUCUUCCGUUUUUGUUUUUUUUUUUUCGUUUUUAGUUUCUUUUUCCUUUCUUUUUUGCUUACUUCUUUUCUUUCUUUUGUUUUCGUUUUUGCGUUUUUUUGCUUUCUUCUUUUUUGCUUUCCUCUUCAUUUUUCUUUUCUUCGUUUCGUUUUUCUUUCUUCUUGCUUUCUUCUUCUUCGUUUUUGCUUUUUGUUUUGUUUUCGUUUCGUUUUUGCUUUCUUCUUCAUUCCCUUCGUUCUUACUUUCUUCUUUCGUUUUUUUUCUUUUUUAUUUUUUCUUCUUCCGUUUUGCUUUCUUCAUCUUCGUUUUGCUUUUUCUUGCUUUCUUUUCGUUUUUACUUUCUUCUUCUUUUUUUGCUUUUCUUUUUUUCUUCUUCCUUUCUUCGUUUUUUUUCUUUUUUCGUUUUUACUUUCUUCUUCGUUCUUGCUUUCCUCUUCGUUCUAUCUUUCUUCUUCGUUUUUGCUUUCUUCUUCGUCGUUUUCCUUUCUUCGUUUUUGGUUUCUUAUUUUUCGUUUUUGCUUUCUUCUUUUUCUUCAUUUUCGUUUUUGCUUUCUUCUUCUUCGUUUUUCCUUUCUUCUUCGUUUUUGCUUUCUUCCUCUUCCUUUUUACUUUCUUCCUCUUCGUUUUUGCUUUCUUCUUCAUUUUUGCUUUCUUGCUCUUCGUUUUUGCUUUCUUCUUCGUCGUUUUUGCUUCCUUCUCUUUGUUUUUGCUUUCUUCUUUUUCUCAUACUUUUUGCUUUCUUCUUCUCUUUUCAUUUCCUCGUUACCAACUCUUUCUUUCCUCUCUCGUUAACAACCUUUUCUUUCUCUUAUUCUCUCUCUUUCUCCCACUAAAUCUUUCCCUUUCUCUCUUUCUCUCACUUAUUGCGCUUUCAUUCUCUCCCUUUGCUCUCCUCUCAUUUCUAUUUCCGUCCAAUUUUUGUCUUCCUGUUCUCUCUCUCUCUCGUGAAACCCAGGAUCACAAACUCACAUCUAUCAACCUCUCUCCUCUAUCUCUCAUCUCAUUUGUUCAUCUCUAUCUUUUUGCUCUCUCCCUUGUUCUCUCUCUCCUGUCUCAACUCUCUUUCCUCUUAGUCCAUCUUUCUUUUCACCUGACUUCCGUCUCUCUCAUUCCCUCAUUUCCCUUUUUUCUCCUCUCUCUUUCAUCUCGUUCACUGUCUGUUGGAUCUUUUUCUGACUAUUCUCUCCUCGGACUCUCUCUUUGUUCCUGUCUCUAUCUUUUGCUCUCCUCUCUCUCCUCGCAUAUUUUCUCAACUCUUUUCUCUUUCUUUCUCGUAUCUUUCUUUCACCUGACUUCUCUUCUCUCUCUCUCUCCCUCUCUCUCUCUCUCUCUCAUCUCGUUCACUGUCUGA